AUCCAAGGCCUUGGUUUCAGAUUUUCCAGCUAAUGGAUACAAUCCUCUUGGAAUUUUAUAUGUAGCAAUGAGUUUAUACUUCAUUCUUAUAAUCUUUAGAGCACAGAAGUAAAACCCAAUCAGUCUCUCCUUAUAUGACAGACUAGCAACCAAUCUCACGAACCUUCCUGCCCACUCUCUAUUACAAGUACAUUCUUUAGAUGCAAUUAUAAACAUUGCAAGGUUAUUCCCAAAUAAAGUUUUAAGAGCUGCAGCAGAACCUGUAUACGUCUAGUACAGAAUGACAAUUGUUGGUCUGCCAGGUAUCAAGAGAUCGGUAGAAGAACAAGAGAUGGCACUGCAAAUGGAAGGGAUUUAACAAAUACAUGGGAUUUCUAUAUGAUAUAAACACACAACAAAUUUUACAUAUGCAGCAAUGUUACUGAAUGCCUUACUUUAUGCAAUUUGUUUUGGUAUUACUGUCAUGUGCAUAAUACAAUGAAAAACCUUGAUGGGAUGCUAUGGUAUCCAGUUAAAUCUAACUGUACAUGAGUACAAUCAUCACACACAAGAACACAGGUCGUGCACUGAGAAACAUACUAAAGUGUAAUUAUAAUGUUGCAGUGUUAUGUUUCAUUGCACAGAUAUAAACGCAAAUUAUAUUUAUGCUAGAUAAGUGACAUUCUACUCAGACAGCAAAGAUAUCAGUACGCCCGACGAGUCCAGAGGGACUGAAAGCAAAUUUACUUCAUGAUUGAAAGGGGGGGGGGGGGGGAAGUUGACUUGAUGGGCCAAAUUGUAUAAUUCUGAUCCUAUCACUUAUAAACUAAUGUUAUGGGUACCCAUUUCACUUUUAUAAGUAAUCCAAGACCUUCACAAGUAAAAAUGUUUAAUAAAAACCAAUGCCCCAAAAUAUAAAACUACAUAUAUCAGAAACACUAGUCAUAAUAAGUCACAACAUGGAAAGUGGCCCCUCAGCCCCAAGCAACAUCCAUGCAAGUCUUCUCUGCACUCUUUCCAUUUUAACAUCAUUUUUCCUGUAUCAGGGACGCUGAAACUGAACACAUUACUCCAUAUGCUGCCUUAGCAAUGUUUUGUGCCACUGUAACAUAACAUCACCACUUCUACAUUCAAUACCCUGACUAGUGAAGUCCAAUGUACAGAAAGCCUUCUUGACCACCAUAUUUACCUGUAAUGUCGCUUUCAGGGAAUGAUGUACCUGUGUACCAAGAUCCCUCUACUCUACAACACUCCCAAUGGUCCCAAGCAUCAAACUCCAUUGACCAUUCCACAGCCCACUUGCCCAACUGAUCAAAUUAUUUGUAUGAUAUUGAUGUAAUAUUUCAAUAAUGAGAUUUGCUUUAAAAAUCGGGCAGGUGAUCGAAAAUGUAAUUUAAACUACUUUUUAAUCAUGCUACAUCAUUUAGUUAUUUAAUAAAGCACAUUCGAUAAAAGCAUAGAAUCAACAUUAAGAAGAAAAGCUGAUCUGUUUACUGUACAUAUGUAUAAUUCAGAAUAAAAACAUUUGGCGAUAAUCUAGCACUCUCGUGGCUGGUGGGAUCUCAGAACAGAAGAGCAAAGAAAUUAAAAAAAUUGUAGGGGGGGAUUAAUAUUUAAAAAAAAUACUAGCUUUCAAGUAGCAGCAGGUCAGAGCGUUGUAAAAUAUGUGGCGUUAAAGAAGUACUCCAUCAGCUCCGCGCCAAAACACCCCCCCCCACACGAGGACAUGCUGACAGGAAGGGAGAAUUGGGAGCAGCCUUAGCCCGUAGAUAGACACAAAAUGUUGGAGUAACUCAGCGGGACUGGCAGCAUCUCUGGGGACAAGGAAUGGGUGAUGUUUCAGGUUAGGGGAGAGGGAGACUAGUGGCAUGGAAAGGCAGAGGGCCUGCAACAGGGGGAGGUGAACAAGGCCGGGAGGAGAUCGCAGAGCGGAACGAGGUUUGAUCGGGAGGAGGCCCCUGCCCUGCCCUCUUCAUCCACAAACCCUGUAGCCAGCGGCACCCCUCCCUCCUUUCCCCACCACCGCCUCCCGCUCCUGCUGCUGUCGACAGGCCCGGCUGCUCAGCGAUCCCUUGAGAAAUGUCUGACCGUCCAUUGUGGCGAUUUUUGAAGAGAAGGCAUCCAGACAAUUCUGAUGAGGCUAGUGAUUUAAAACAAAAAUCACAAUUUUCUGAUAAAUUUCACUGCACAUGCAAAAAUGAACCAAAAAAAGGUCCGUUUUUACAAUGAAAGCUACUUAUCAAUGGGCUUUACAUGGACUGGUGAUCCAAGUUGUCCUAUUCCUUUGUGCCUUGUCUGUGGCAAACAACUUUCAAAUUCAGCAAUGGCUCCAGCAAAAUUGAAAAGACACUUCACGACAAAUCACAGUCAUAUGAAAAAUAAAAGUGCUGAUUAUUUUAAAAGGCUAUUGGAAUCUCAAAAUAAACAGAGUACAGCUUUUGUGAGUAAAGUCAGUGUCAGUAAGAAAGCUCAAGAAACAAGUUAUUUGGUAGCAGAAAUUAUUGCACAGAAAAGGAAAAGUCACACAGUUGGUGAGAACUUAAUAAUGCCAGCAUGUAAAAUUAUAGUGGGUAAAAUGCUGGGACAAGAUGCAGUACGGGAAAUUGAAAAUGUUCCACUUUCAAACAGUACAAUAAGUCAAUGUAUUGAUGACAUGUCACACGACGCUGAAGAGGUUUUGUGUGAUAAACUGAAAAAUAGCAGUUUUUCUGUCCAGGUUGGUGAGUCAACAGAUCUUGCCAACAAAUGUCACAUUGUAGCUUUUGUAAGAUUUAUCAACGAGGGUGAAAUUCAAGAAAACCUUUUCUGUUGCAAAGAACUGCCUGAGACAAGCAAAGGAAUAGAUAUAUUUAAUAUUUUGUCCACAUACCUGGAAACAAGAGGUCUCUCCUGGACGAACUGUGUUGGCAUCUGUACUGAUGGUGCCCCAUCGAUGGUUGGCUCCAUAACAGGCUUCGUUUCUCUUGUAAAACUGGAAAAUGCUGAUGUUGUCUCAACGCACUGCUUUCUUCACAGAGAGGUGCUGAUUUCAAAAUCUCUUGGAGCUGAAUGGAAAAAAGUUUUUGAUGAUGCUACCAAAAUGGUCAACUUUAUUAAACAAAGACCAGUUCACUCCAGAAUGUUUAAAAAGUUGCGUGAAAACCUGGACAAAGACAAAGUUCUAAAUAGGGUGUUUCAGCUGAACGAUGAAUUGCAGGAAUACUUUCAAGGAAACAAUAAGCCAGAUUUUGCCAAGUGCUUUGAAGAUGAGAAAUGGUUGCAGAGGCUAGCCUACAUGGCAGACAUGUUUCAUCACUUGAAUCAGCUCAACAAGUCACUGCAAGGCCCUGGGGUCUUGAAGUCAAAAUGUAUUGACUUCAAGUGACAAGAUUCUUGGAUUUAAAAGAAGACUGAAUCUUUGGAAAAAUCAUGUUGCAAAAGGAAAUCUUGAAAUGUUUCAACUACUGCUGGGGCUUAAGGGUGAAGAAGGGUAUCAGCAAAUUUCAAGUCUUAUUCAAACCCAUCUGGAAGAACUGCAGAUCAAAAUCGAACAUUAUUUUCCCUCCCUUUCAACACAAGUGUAUGAUUGGGUGAGAGGUCCAUACUCUGAAUCUUCUGCUCAUCCUGAGAACUUGACUUUAAGAGAAGAGGAAGAACUUUGUGAGCUGCAGUCUGAUCGUACACUCAAGAUGAGAUUUACUGACCUAUCCCUGGACAAGUUCUGGAUUUCCGUGAAGGAAGAGUAUCCUGCCAUUCAUAGGAAAGCAAUAAAUAUAUUGCUGCAGUUUUCAACCUCUUACAUGUGUGAGCAAGCUUUUUCUUAUUUAACAAGUAUCAAGAGCAAAGACAGAAAUCGGCUCCUUUCAGUUGAAGAUGAAAUCCGUGUGUGUUUAUCUAAAGUUCGACCCCGAAUAAAGUAUUUGUGUACAAAAAGACAAGGACAGGUUUCACAUUAGAGAAGCAAAUUUCAUUAUCUAAAUUGUCUUCAAAAAUAACAUUGCCUUGACCCAUAUAUUUGUUCAUAUGACAUAUUGCCUUGAUUUAUCUUAUGCCUUGUCAACAUUGUCAAUAAACGAUUAAGUUAUUAUCUGUUUUUGUCUGUUUAUAUGUUAUUUAUGAUGUUAGUUAUUAAUGUUUAUUUUUUGUGUUUCCAGAUAGGGCUGAUUUUUUUUUGUGUGAAUGAAAACCUUAUGAGAUCUCUUGAACAAGCAGUUUGAUUUCAGUUGUUUUGCAUUGUCAAUAAACUUGAGAAAAACUCUACCUGCGAUUCUUCCCACAUCUGCAGUUCUUUCUCAAACAAUAAAGAUAUAUAAUGAUUUUUAUGUAGGGGUUCCCUGAGAAAUUAUUUCAAGGGUUCCGCGAGGGUAAAAAUGGUUGAGAAACACUGAUUUAGACAUUGAAGCAUUCAGUUUUAUAUCCAGGAGUAUGUGUUGGGAAAUUAUUUUGCCUCAAGAAAUAUUGACAUCAGUUAUUGAAAUCUAGAGACAAAAGAGACUGCGGAUGCUCAAAUCUUGUGAAAACACUGCUGGAGGUAAGGUUUUUGGAAGAUAUUGCCCAUGGGGCCGAGUUCAAACAGCAGAUUGUAUCAUUCUUCAAUGAUUAAAAUCUACUGUUUGGGACUCGCAUUACAAAGAGAAACUAUUUCCUUGUGGCACGCUUCAAAACAGUCAAUUAAAGAUGAUAGCGCACAGCUGUAAUUCCACAUCAGAAGUGCUCAGUUACACUUGGUAUGUAACUCGCAUAGAUAGCUCCACUCAAAUUUCAAAAACAUUAAAUGUAUUCAGAUUAACCAGGCAAACUUGCUUUUGCAGGAGGUUGAGCAAGUUCAGUGGAUUGAAUUUAAAUGAGCUUGUUUUCAAAUAGUUAGGAACUAUUCUUGUUGCAAAUGAGAUCACAAAUGUUUGAAAUAUUCUGUGUAACUCUCUAUACUGAAUAUGCAAAUUACCUACAAUUCAUCUUGUCCUAAGGAAAUUAAACUCAAUCUUUGUAUAUUAGUUGUGUGGAUCUUACAAUGCAGAUUGAGUGGGCACUUGAGAGAUACAGCACUGAAAGGGGCUCUUCAGCCCACCGAACGCAAACCGACCAGUGAUCAUCCUGUACACUAACACUGUCCUAUACACGUGGGUGAUUUACAAUGUUAUCGAAGCCAAUCAACCUACAAACCUGUCCGUCUUUGGAGUGGGAGGAAACCGGAGCACCAUGAGAAAACCCACAUGGUCACAGGGAGAACGCACAAACUGUGUACAGACAGCACCCAUAGUCAGGAUCGAAUCCGGGGCUAUGCCACUGCCCCACCCCAAACUUCCAUUGGUUGAGAGAAUUUCUAUCAAUCGCUUGGGCUCAUUUUUGACACUUAAUCUGGAAGGUAACUACAUUAAAUUAACCUGUUAAAACAGUAGUGAUUUUGUCAGUAAACAGAUACAAAGCUUGCAUAUACAUGUAUAAACUGUAUAUACUGUAUAAACCUGAAUAAAAUGUUGGUACCAAAACAAGAAGAAAAUAAUGGUGUAACAGUUAUGUAUUUACCAAAUAAAAUUGCUGUUUAUUUCUA